AUGAAUACGACGAAUACCACCACCAUGAAUACUACUACUCUUUCGUCGUCUCUUUCGUCGCAACAACAGACGAAGUCGUCGAUGGAAUACACGCAGCACAUGUUCGCGGGCGCGUUCGCCGGGACGAUGGAACACACGGUGAUGUUCCCGGUGGAUACCGUGAAGACGCGAAUGCAACUGGUCGCCGCCGCGUCUUCUUCUUCUUCUGCUUCUUCGUCUUCUUCUUUAACGAGUAGUAGUAGCAGUACGAGUAGUUCUAUAAAUAUGAUUAAAAGCACGAUACCGAACGCGAUUCGAUCGAUCUUGAAAACCGACGGGGUGAAAGGUCUGUAUCGAGGCGUCGUCGCUGGUGGGUUAGGGGCUGGGCCGGCGCACGCGGUGUAUUUCGCCACGUACGAGUACGGGAAGAAGAUGUUUCGUUUAAACCCGAUAGGAUCAUCAUCAUCAUCAUCGUCAUCGUCAUCAGCGUACGGCGAGUUUGUGGCAGACGCGAGCGCGGGGGCGUUAGCGACGAUUGUAGGAGACGCGGUGCAAACGCCGUUGGAUACGGUGAAACAGAGGAUGCAAAUGCAAUUAGGCGGGAACUGUCCGAGCGAGGUGAAGGCGAUGAGCGGGGAAGGUAUCGGCGGCGGCAGUAGUAGUAGUAGAAUUAGUAUGAAUAGUAUUUCUAGUAGUAGUAGCAAUACCACCGGGCCUGCGGCGACGAGAAAGUUUAAAAGCGCGUUUGACGCGCUGAGAACAAUCGUUAGGAACGAAGGCGCGCACGUUUUAUACCGAUCGUAUCCGACAACGUUGAUUAUGAACGUGCCGUUCACGGCCAUUCACGUCGGUUUAUACGAAAGCGCGAAGAGAGCGUUAAAGAUUGAAGAGGAAGACGAGGGUUUUCGAACGCAAUUUUUAGCCGGCGGUUUCGCGGGAGGCAUCGCCGGGUUUUUGACCACGCCGAUGGACGUCGUCAAGACUCGAAUGCAAACGCACUGCGAGGUAGCCUUGGGGUGCGACGUGAGCAAAACCGUGGAAACGGCGACGGCGAACCAAACGUGCGCCGUUCGAGGCGAUCCAAAGUUGUGCGUUUCAACAACAACAUCUUCGACGCCGACGCCGACUGCGCCGCCGCUCUCGUCGUCGUCUCGAAGCGUCUACGCGUCCGCCAACGCUUUCAAAGUCGCUCGACACGUCGCCGAACGCGAAGGCGCAAAAGCUUUGUUCUCCGGCGCUACCGCUCGCGUCCUCUUCCACGUUCCAGCCGCGGCUAUUUGUUGGACCGCGUACGAGUUCAUGAAGAGGAAUUUAGGCAUCGAGGUUGAUCCGUCGUCCGCGCACUAA